AGCCCAUCCCAACCCUGCAAUACACGCCAAUUCCUUUUCCCACGUGGCAGAAGAGCCGUCUGCGUCCAUGUAACCGGCGGCCCCUUGCGUCGUACCCUGCUCUACGCCGACUAUAAUGUAAGUACGCGAACUGUCGGCCGACGUAUAUAAACAAAUCGGCAAUCCGGCGGAACGCACGAUCUCUUGCUGCCGAGGGGUAACGAAGAACAAUAUAUCAUCGCCAUGGGGGACGAGGAGUUGGGUUCCAGCUCUCGAGCAAUCGACUCCUCCAACGUUGGCUUUCAGCUACUCAAGAAAUGCGGGUGGAAGGAGGGUACCGGUCUUGGUGCUUCCGAGCAGGGAAGGUUGGAACCUUUACAAACUCAUGUGAAGAAAAAUAAGCGUGGCCUUGGUGCGGAGAAAAUAAAGGAAAAAAAGAAGCUUCCAAAGGAUCCUACUUCUCAGGAAAACUUGCAAGCAAAGAAAAAACAGAAGUCAGGUUCUAAAAGGAUGAGGAAGAUGCAGCAAGAAGAGGAGAGAAUGAAAGAGAAGGAAUUUGAACGAGCCUUCUUCAGAGAGUUCUGGCCUGAUAAUGUCUGAAUUCUGAAGUACACAUUCUUUAUAUGCCACUCUCUUUCUGAGCUGAACCUAUGAGAACUGUGUACCGGAUGGUAGAAUUGGAACAGUCAAGCCAGCUUGCAUUGAAUCUCUGCCAAGUUGCCACUUGAAUGAAUCUGGCUGCAGGUCCCUUUUUGCACUUCUGCAGAGGCAACUAUACACAUUUUUGGCCAUUCAUCACUUCCAGCAGCUUUAGCUUGCUGCCUGACAUGUAACUGACUCUGCCCCCUCUGUCAUGUCUGAAUUGUAUGUUUCACCAUGUAAUAUGUUCCUUAUUGAGAAAAGUUAUGUUUGUUACAUUUUUGUUCAAAUUUUCAGAAAGAAUAUAAAAUGUACCUGAAUUCCUACAAAA